UUUACAAGCUGUUGCAUGCAGCCUUCUCCACAACGCGUGGGUGAAAGCAGAAGGAAGAUGAGAGGAGAAGAGAGGUGGGGAGCUGCAGCUAACCGGGAAUGAAGGCGCUAGAAUGCCCUGUGAGACGGUGUGGAGGACCCGCCACAGUUACGCACGCAAGAAAAAGUGAUUUAGAAUCGGACCUUGGUGUUAAGAGUCGUCGUUUUGGCUGAGAGAGAGAAAAGUUUGCAUCUAGAAGUAGUUUUUUAUUAGCCAGCAGAGAUGAGACUGAACUUUUCUACAAGUUGGAUAGUCCGUGGCUGGAUAACAUGUGUCCUUGUCACCUUUUACGCACAGAAUGCUGUCUCCAGAUCCCCCCAGUGUGAAGAAACACAUUACUUAAGAAACUCCAGAUGCUGCGAGAAGUGUAAACCAGGCCAUAAAGUGUUUUCUGACUGCACUGAUUCCGAACAAACUAAAUGUAACAAAUGUGAUCGUGAUGAAUAUCAGCCUGGCUUGACUGAUGACAAACGCUGUCUUCAGCAGAAGUUCUGUGACCCAGAUAAGGGUUUUAUGAAGAGGCCUGACAACCCAGUGGCAGAGGAGCAGUGUCACUGCGUUCCUGGCUUCCAGUGCCAUAUCAUCAACUGUGAGUUCUGUGAAAGGAUACCUACCUGCAAUGCUGGAUAUGGACUCGAGGAAGACCCUGAGUCUACUAAUGGAAGGAAGAUCUGUGUCACAUGUAAGAAGGGCUUCUUCUCUGCUGAAAACAGUGCCGAAGAAUGCAAACCAUGGACUAAUUGUAAGGCUGAGGGCAGGAGUGAAAUACAGCCAGGUAGCGCUCAUGCUGAUGUAGUGUGUGGACCGCCUGUCUCCGGUGCAGCACCCUCCUGGGCUAUAGUUUCAGUGCUGUCAGUCAUCACUGUUCUGUGUCUCCUCAUCCUGCUUCUUUUCUGCUACAAGGACAAACUGAAAUUACUCUCUGUAAAUCUGCGAUCCUGUGUCCAGAAUUUGAAAAGGACAAGGAUACAACAGGAGACCUUGGCCCCUCUUUACCACAGUGGAGCAGGAGGAGGAAUAGGAGGAGGCCCUGGAGGCCCCAAAUGUACACCAUGUGAGACGACCAAACUCAUCUGCCAAGCACCCCACAGUCCCACUGAUGAGACCCCAUGCACCUUCCCCGCCUCUGUUCCCGAUGUCAAGGUCUCACUGCCCAUCACAGGGGAAAUGACAGAGGGAGAAGGCACCAAGGGGAAGACGGUGAUGGAGGAACAGAGCAAAGGGUCUGGAGGACCUGAGGAGGUGUCAGAAGAAGAGGAGGUCGUGAGUGUGUCUCCUCUUUUGGCAGGUUCUUGUGUGUGCGUCAUUCCCAUCCACGAGCCAUUGGAAGUGGGAGAGAAUGAGGACUGUAGCCAAGCUGUCAGCCCCGGGACUCCAGGGACCUGCUCAUGUGGCGGGUUUGAUGGAGAGAGGGAUGAGGAGAAAAGUGAGAGUGUAAGGGCAGACAAUGGUGGAGAAAAGCAUGAUGGGAAUCCAGACAAGAUGGUUUUGUCCAAGAGUGAGACAGGUGUUGCAUCUCUCCUCUCUCUCUCUCCUCCACUCCUCCACACCUCCUCUGUAAUCUCUCCAUCCGGUCCACUUCCUGAACUCUGCCUGCCGUUGUGCCAGGCUCAGGUGAGGCCGGAGUUCACACUUCACCUGACUGACAGGUCAGUGGUAAAGCAGGAGAAAUUAUACAGACUGGCGAGUACAGACUCCACCUCAACAGAAAAUAGUACAACUUCUGCGAUGACCUCGGUCAGCCCCUUGAUGAUUUCCUCAUCGGUUGGAGAUCUCUACCUGGACAAGCCCGCUGAUGCCUCGAGCCCGGAGAAAGGCCAGGGACUUUCCUGCGGGGAUAGCAGAGGAAACAAGCUCUCUUCUCUGGAAUCAGGACUGGAGUGCGCACCUGAGAGCCUCCAUAGUCAGCUGGCUGAACCAACUUUUACCUCAGGUCAGGUGUCCGGGAGCCACAACACCACCUUCAUCUCCAGUGGUCAGGUGAUGAACUUCAGCGGCGAUGUCAUUGUCGUCUAUGUCAGCCAGACGUCUCUAGACAGCGACGGGGUAGGGCAGGACGAUGCCUUUGGGAGCCCUGUCCAGGAAGAGGCUAAUGAGACAGCCCCAUUUUUCCAGAGCUGCCUGAGAUCACAAGGGGACUCCAUUUCCCACUGCACCAUGCAAGACGAGACACUGCCAGUCCAGGAAGUGAUGGAGGAGCGGCCUUUGGGGAAGUGAAAAGUGCCCAUUGGCUGUUUAUUUGUCAGUACAGCGAUCAUUUCCAUAACCAUCAGUUGUAAAAAAUGACUUCUGGUUAUUUCUGUUGGUUACGUCACCUUUUGUAUCUUAGCUCCCAAUUAAUGUACAAA